UGCGUCAGUGAAUCAGCUGAUCGACUUGUUUUUACUGUAACAGCAAUCAGCUGAUAAUAAUCAUGGAAAAUUUGACAGAUCAAGAUUUAGAUAUUCCUCCAUGUAAAUAUGAGUAUUUGGAUCACACGGCUGACAUACAAUUUCAUGCAUGGGGUGAAACAAUGCAAGAAGCCUUCGAACAAGUCGCAAUGGCCAUGUUUGCCUACAUGACUGAAAUUGAAACAGUUGAAAUAAAACAGUCACAUGAUAUUGAAGCGCAAGCUGAUGAUUUAGAGGGUUUAUUAUUUCACUUUUUAGAUGAAUUAUUAUUCAUGUUUUCUGCUGAGCCCUACCUUAUCGCAAAGAAAGUUAAAAUACUAGAGUUUGAUACCGAUAACUUCAAAAUAAAAGCAAGAGCAUAUGGUGAAGAAUUUACAAUUGGCAAGCAUCCCCAAGGUGCUGAAAUUAAAGCGAUAACAUAUUCAUCAAUGCUGAUAUUGGAUCGACCAAAAGUGGACCGACCUGAGAUCUUCGUUAUUGUUGAUAUAUAACAAUGAUUAUAAUAAUAUAAUGUAUGAUAAAAAUAAUAUCAUUUAUACUUUUUAAGUA